AUGGAUCAAACAUUGAGAGCAUACUAUGAGAGAGAGAGACAGAGACAGAGAGAAAGAGUCAGUCAUAUACGUUGGGGAAUCCGGUGUUCUUCAACAAAUACUGGAGCUCUAGUGGUCAUCAACCCAGCAACUCCGAUGGACUUUCAACCCAGAAGCUCCAGUGGCCACAAACAGUCAACAAUGGUGAUUUUGUUGACAUUGGGAUUGGGUUGGUGGUUUAUGAUGGUGGUGGUGCUUGGCUGGGGGUUUUCGAUGGUGUUGGUGCUAGGGGUUUCCGGUGGUGGUAGUGUUGUGCCUGGGGGUUUCGAAUGGUGGUGCUGCUGGGCCGAGGGUUUUUUAUGGUGGCGGUGCUGGGGCUAUGGGAUAGUGAUGGUGGUGUUGCUGGUGGUUUUGGAUGUUGGUGGUGCUAGGGCUGUGGGCUAG